AUGACGCCGGCAGUCAUGCUUCGGAUCAGCACUGUCACCCCAGGAGCGCCAAGGGGUCCUUGGCUCAAGAACUGCGCAAAGACCAUCCUGGCUCAAACUACCCCUUCAUGGACGAGUAUGGGCACGUUUUUGAAAUCUCCUCCAGCCGAUGGCACGGCAAGCCAGACCAAGGAUGCCGCUUUUGAGCUUCCAGGUCCCUGUACAUUAAGUCCUUUAGGGAAGAUAUUAUUUGUGCAAGUCUCCUACAGGCCAAAUAAAUUCUACAAAUCGUACGGAUUAAAGGAGUGGCAUUCACGGCUGCACAAUAUUCUGAAAGGGAAAAAGAAGGCUCUGCCCAAGGAAACACCAAUAAUAAUGUCACCUUUGGCAUUCAUCCAGAGUUGA